UCGCAUCAGGCACCUCUCUGAAGGGCCCCACUUAUUAAGCAAUUAAAAAUUAAACCCGUACUACUUUUAGUUUCCGCUAGAAAGAUAAAAUCCGGACCACAAGACCCAACAAGUCUUCUGAUUUUUGGAAUUAUCGGGGUUGUUGGGCUUUUGAUGCCCCGACAAUUCCAAAGAAGCCCGAUCACUGAGCCGGAGGUGGUUGUUCUGGGUCAACCACCGCAAGCCCAUCACCUGCAUAAGUUAGAAAAACGUUUGAUUCAAAAACAAAAGAAAGACAUCGACCCAGGCCCCAAUUUGGAAGAAGAAGAUGGCCCUGCUUCAUGAUCUCCGAAGUCAAUGCUUUUUCCUUGUCAUUGAAGAAUCCGCAUCAUCCUCCUCUUCUUCUAUAAAUUGGAGUGAAACCAAGUCAAGAUUUGAAAUUGGCUUUCUCUUCAGGGGGCAAUUCUCUUGCUUAGAUGGGUGAGUCUGGUUCUCUAAUUUCCACCGUACGUGGAUGAUUUUGUGCAUCGACCUCAAUAAAAAACCGUUUGUUGUAACCUGAAUUAUCAGCCCUUCUGCCAGCGAUUUCAUUGUUUGGCUCAACCCUGGAUUGUAUAGCUGACCCCAUGAUUAUAUCGAACCUGAUGCUUUCAAUAUCCGGUCCAUAAUGGGUAUCGCAUCAGGCACCUCUCUGAAGGGCCCCACUUCCCUAUUUACCCCUCCGUUUAGACCAGCAUCCAAUCCAACACCGUGAUUAUUUAUUGUAUUGGUACCCGAAGAUAAUCCAUCGCCCUCUCCUUCUACGUCCAUCGCAGCAGGAGCAUUCUGGGCUGGUUCUUGUUGGGCCUGUCCACCUUGUCCCACGAUUGGGCCUCUAAACGGGGCUCCCCUGCUAUUAAACCUUUCACCUGGUCUAAUAGCCCUUCCCCCAUUCUCAGUUCCCAAAUCAAAAUCAACCAUGAUGUUCAAAGUCGAUCUCGAACGGCAUACCAAGCAUUUCCCCCACCGUCUCAGCCAUGUGAGAAUUAAGGUAUUCACAUGGGAGCCCACAAAUUUUAACCCAGAACUUUACCCGUCUGAAUCUGAUCGUGUGUGGCACCUGGUUCGGCCACCAAGGCACCAUCGAAGCAUGCCUUGGUCAUGGCGAGAAUUUCCCUCUUGUCUUCAUCAUUGCAGCAUUUGAAGACAUAGAGGUCAUUCAUUUUGAAGACGUCAAUGUAAUCUCUCUUCCUCCAACGAGAGUUCACAAAUAAAGUUGGAGAUGGAAGCAGGGCUUAAUGUUCGGUAGUCUAAAAGAUCACUAAACACACAUUUCUCCCAAAAAGCUCUGCUUCCAUACACUACAUGAUUCCAGUUCGGCCAGAGCAACUGCUGUGUUAAUAUUGUUUCUAGUGUUUGUAGAAUUAUUCAUGCUUUAAGAGGAAAAACAACAAGGAAAAAAGGUGAAAAGGAGGAGAAAAGGCUGAGAAGAGGUUGCGAAACAGGGGUUGAUAUUUAUAGUGACCACCUUGGCAAGGAGGCGUUUCGAAUUCUGGCCUCGGAGAAGGUGAAUAAUGCUUGCAGAUUAGCUUUGGUUAAUGUGUGUUACUGUCGUAAUUAACUGUAGCUUUUUGGAUAAACGAAAAAGUUAAGACACUCUUUCUUUUAACAAUUAACUCCGUAACUUAAAAAAACCGGGUAGAAUAAACGGAAGAUGGUUUUUUGGAACUAACGGUAACCAUUGUGAUGAUUACGGGCGGGAAAGUUGAUUGGCUUUUAGCAGGGGCACCAAUCGACGAAGCCAAGUGGCAUUACAGGGAUAAAGGUGGGUUUUGCAAAGUAGCUUACCGUAGGCACAACUUACCGCAACCGUAAUGAUGUGAAGUUGAAAGGAUUAAAAGAUAAUUGGCUUGGGCCACCAUACCUCCACCUUGGGAGAGAACACUCUAAUUCUAGAGUGAGAAGCUCUCUAUUUCUAGAGAGAGAUUCUUACUAUAUGUAUAGUGAAUUUAGUGAUGGCACAGUAAUUGAAUAUCAAUAAUAUAUUCAUUGAGACAAUUCUAAUAAGUACCCACAAGAAUAUACAUUUCUUAUGUAUAAUUCACAAAAAUGGUCAAAGUGGGUCUAAUAAAUAGUGCUUGAUGACGUAUAGUUGUAUAUCGUAUGAUUUCUUUGUUUAAUUUCUUUAAUUGUAACAAUGUUUAUUAGAUGAGCGGGCAACACGGUACCUCACUUAAUUACAAGGUGGGAUAUCGAUGUUGAUUCGGAGCAGAUUUGUACAAGUGAGUUUCCCCGAAGUAUUCAAACUUUGGUUGAUCUUGACAUGUGUUACUCCCUCCGUUCCUGAAAGAGGGUUGCGUUUUCCAUUUCAGGCGUUGCCCUUUAACAGCUACAUUAUGUUUCAAUUAAUAUUUUACACAUUUUUUAUGCUGCUAUCUCCAUUUAUCAAAAUAUUUACAUAGUUCCAAUGCAAAAUAUUUCUAUUUACAAAGGUAUUUACAUACUCCCAAUACAAAAAUUCCUAUUUUCAAAGUUUAUUCAAUCUUAUAAUACUUGAUAUAUGUGACACCUAAUUAUUGAUUUCCACUAUCUUAUUUUCCUUAUUAACCGUGAGAAUGAAACUACCAAACUUAAUUUCUUUCGAGAACAAAGGGAGUAAUAAUAUUUGUCCCGCUUGGUUUAGUGACACUUGGAAAAAAAAACAAAAAAAAAGAAAUAGGGAGUUUAAUGAGGGAGCCCCAGUUCCUCAUCACAUAAUGACAUUUUGAAAAAUAAUGUAAUGUUUUUCACUAGUGGAUACCGCCUGUCAAUUUUAAGUGGACCUCUCUACUCUUAACACAUACCCCGUGAAAACAAAACUCGUUCCUCACGCACUGGGGAAUAGGGAAUUACUCAUAGUUAUUAUACCACUAAAGGGAGGACUAAAAUAUUUAUUAGAAGUAUCAAGUAUAACAUCUCUCAACCAAAAAACACUCUCAGCUCUUCUUCCCCACUAUCUGUCCCCUGUUUAUCCCGACCUCACACGGCCACCCCAACCUCCGCCGCCCGAACAACCACCAUGCACGGCCGUUGAGAAACCCGUGCACUUGUGCAAUUACUAAGUUGUGAAUCGGAUUGUAAACCACCAUUAAAACAAAGGUAAAAUACUAAUUAGGUCAGCUCCCUGUUCCCUUUUCUUUAAUAUAUGAUUAACUUCACUUAUUUUAUAGCCUAAUUACAGCGUGGAUUACCUGAAGGAGGGUACUUGCGCUAAGAAUUUGGUGUUCUUUUCUACAUUUUAUAAAUUGAUCAGAUUUUCAUAAAAGAAAAAAAGGAAAAAGAAAAGAAAAGGCCUUGUUUUGCUUUGUUCUUCAAUUUAAGCAUUCUAUCUUCAUUUUUAUAAGUAUUUUUAAAGAUCCAGUCUUUAUUUUAAAAUUGAAUUAAUGAUGAGUAUAGCAUAUGGCCUGUGUUCACUUAUUGUGGAACAGUAAAUUCGUUAUCUAAGUUCAAUUUACAACUAAAAUAAGUUUAAACAUGUUUUGAUAUGUGAAAGUAAGGUAAUUAAAAAACAAUUUAUUAAUAGUACUAGACUUUGGUAUACUUAGACCAAUACUCCCUUCAUUUCAAUAUGCUUGCAACACUUGAGUUUGAAGUUUUGCAUAUAAUUUAGGAAGGGUUGAAUAAAUAAUGUACAUGUGUAGUUAAUGCUCUUAAUGAGUACGAGUUGGGGGUUAGUAGGAAAGUGAAAUUGGUAGAGAAUGUUUGCAAGUGGGGUCAUUGAAAAAGAGAAACGAUGAAGAAUAAAGCAAUUGGGUUUGUUUGAAAAGGGAAUAAAGAUUUAAUGCAAGUGUUGUUGCCUUAUUGGUAUUUAAACAAUAGAAUAAUAGUGAUCCGAUGUCAAUAUAAAAAGUGUUGCAAGUAUUACAAAGCUGGUGAGUGUCGCAAACAUUAAGGUGUUACCUAUAUACAUCUAUUAUUUGGAGUUUUGGGAGAAAAAGCUUAUUAACUUUAGACCACUUAUGGAAAAUGGAGGGAAACAUAAUGUUGAUUCUUGUAUCAUACGACUGACCAUUUAUUCCUUUCUUUUACCAAUUUGUGCAACACUCAAACUCUUUCCACUAAUCAUAUAUGAAGUAUUAUAUUAAUGAGAAGCUCUUUCAUGUAAUAUUAUUAUGCUAUCAAGAAGAACUUGUGUCGGCUAUUUCACGCAGAUUGAAUUCUGAUAAAAUCAAUGGAGAACGGUCUAAGGAAUUGUGGGCUGUGGCAAAGCAUGGGAAAUAAAAGAGUUGAUAAUGAAAAGAGAGCAAGAACACUGGAAGAGUUUGAUUUCCAAGAGGAAACCAAUGAUCAUUCUGCGAAUGAGAUUAGCAAUGCUGAAGGGAAGCGGCGAAAGCUGGAGCCUUGUUUGAACAAGAUGAAACAAAACAGUAUAAGCAAAGGUGAUCAAGUCAAGAACGCUGGUGAAGUGCCAAAGGAUUGUGGGAAUAGGGCAAGUGAAAAUGUUAAUUUUUAUUCUCUUAUCGUGGAAAAAGAAGCUUUGAUAUAAUUUUACUUAUCAUCUGUUUUUUCUUCUGUAUUAGAAGCAACCAAGAAUUAGCUGUCGCGUUGAAGGCUUUGGUAAGAUAUGUCAGUCCCUCGAUGACAGGAGAAAGAAAUGGGUGAGGGAAAUGGGGUUUGAAGGGUUGCUAUAUCUAGUAGACAAGGGUCUUUCAAAGGAUCUUUGCUAUUGGUUGAUGACUCGAAUUGAUCCAAUGAAAGAGCUUUUCAGAGCUGCUAAUGGACGUGAUUACAAACUAUCCAAGGAUCAAGUUAGGUGGAUCCUUGGCAUCCCAAAAGGCGAUAAGGUUGUUCCUAGGAGGGUUAGGGACGAGGAGAUGAAACGCAAAGUCAGAGACAUUGAGAAGAACUUUGGGGGAGAAUGCGAGGCAAGGUUGAAAACAAGUGAGAAAGUUAUAAAACAUAAGAGAAUACCUGUAACCAGCGCCUUGAUUGAAAGAGCAAAGGAGAGUUGGGGAGUAGAGCAGGAAGCAGAGUUCAAGACUGUUUUCUUAAUCCUCGCACUGCAUUUGGUGCUUUGUCCGACACAAUCUCAUCAGUUAGAAUCAGAUUUGGUACCUGCAUUGACUUGUGCAGUGCAAGCGAAGAACUAUGAUUGGUGUGGAUUGGUGUUGGAGAAGUUUUUUAAAAGUUGCUGCAGAUUUAAAAAGAAGUUCUCUGCAAAUGGAUAUGCUAAAGGAUUUGGAGGAUGCAGUAUUUUCCUCGCAAUUUUUUACCUUGAUCGAUUGGAUCGUAAUCCAGUAAUGUGGAGCAGAUGGCCGAGAAUAAAAGUGUGGACAAAAGCAGAGAUGGUGAAAGCUAGGGAUGAGGAUAGUCUGGCUGAGCAGGGCGAUUUUGGAAAUUUAGGGUUCAUAGAUGUUGAUUAUGGUAAGAAACACCCUUGGGAGGCUAGGGAUACAGGUGGCACAUCAGUUGUUGAAAAGGGGUUAAACCAAGAUAUUGAAUCCCUACAGUCAAAGGAAGAAGAAGCAAUUUUAGGACGUAAUAAUGGCUUAUACAAAAGAAAAAACCGUAAAAGGAGGCGGAUAUCAGCUAUGUAUCCUGAACUGCUCAUGUUCAAAAAGGCUAAAAGAAAAGGGCUCCAGGGUGGUGUGCCAAAUGCAUUGGCACAGGCUUGCAGAAGGUGUGCAGAAGGUGGAUGCCCUAUUGAGGGGGAAGGGCGAAAUGAGGAUGGCGGGAAUGGAGAUGAUGGAUACAUAUCAUUGGCAGAGGAGGUUUGCACCCCAGUGGCUACUGAUUUUGCAGUGGUGACAGAGCCUGUGGGUGAAAGCGGAGAUAAAAUGCCGUCUCCUUUAAAUGAAGUGACUGUCACAAGUCUCACAACAUCUCAUGGGUGUUCAGAGCAUAACAGCAUGGAGGCUCCUCCGUGUUUAACACUCUCAUGCAACACUCUGAUGGCUUCUGCUUUUGUCCAUGGUAUCAGUGAGAUGGAUGCUAAAUCCACCAAUUUUAACUAUAAGAUGAACCCUCCUCGGAGCAAUAGCCUUGCUGAUCAUUCUCUGUUUCCAUCUCAGAAUAAUAUGAAAGGAAAGAGCAAACUGCCCCAGAUUUUGAAUGGGAGUGUGGAGGAAAACGGCGAGGGAAUUCUUCCUUGUUUACUCUCAUCAUGCUGCAAUGUUAUGGAGGAUUCAGGUUUUGUUGACUGUGUUGAGAAGUUGUACAUUGAAGAUAUCCCGUCAUCUGAGAACAACAAUUGUCUCAACAUAAGCCUUGUUGACAAUAACGAGAUCAUACGAUAUUCAAGUUUAGGGAUUGCUUUUGAGAAGGCUAUUAGGGAGAUGGAUUUGCAAAUGGAACAAGUGAAAAAAUGCAGGGAGAAAUGUGUUAAAAUGAGCAGUAACAGAAGUGUGGAUAGUGUUGCAGAGAUGCAUAUGGAAAUCGUCCCAUAUUGUGACAAAAACACUAACCUUGAAAUAAGCCAUGAAGUUAAUGUGAGUAUUCCAUCUCAAAUAACACAUCAGAGGGGUAUCAUUGAAGUUUCCAGCUCAACAAAUACACUAAUGGCUGAUAUUGAUCAACACAAGAUGGUUCAUGAAGACAUUAGCUGUAUAAACGCAGGCAAGAGCAGUAAGCAUUCAGAAGGUGCUCAACCUCGAGGUGAAACAGAAAUGGAUGCUACUAAUGAUCAAGGAAAGGCAGCCAAAGUAAAUGAAAAGUUGGUGAAUGGUUCUUGUGAUGGUCCUGUGAUUAUUAUUGCUGAUGAGGACAGUGACGGUGAGAAGAAAAACGACGAUUUUGACCCUUUCAAAGUGGUAGGAUCGCAGCUUGAAGAUCGGAUCAGUAAGCUUGAAAAGAUUGUUUCCCGGAAGCUAGCGUCUAAUAAGUUAGCCUUCAAAACUACUAUCAAGAAAAAUAAAAAAAAGUUAGCCUUCAAAACUGAAGGUAAAAAGCUGUUAGGAUGCUAGUAUAACUUUCGGCCGAUGGAUGUGGCAUGUACAGAUUCUAGUCCUUUAUCUGUAGUAGCUGCUAAUCUUAGGAGAAGUAAUCUGUUGAUACUGUUACAUUUUGCUAACUGAUAUCUGUAUGCUGAUUUGUAUUAUC